UACAUUGCUGUAUGACUGUAUAUACGUAUCUACAAUGUGCCGAAUCAUAUUUCUUUUUUAGUUGCCGGUACACGACAUGUCAUACGUCUUGUGAAUUUAACCUUUUAUUUCCUUCUGAAAAGGCAGAAAGCCUUAUUUUUUAUUCAUAAGUGAGGGAGAAAUAUUUUUUAGAUAAUAUUAAAUAAUUCAGCUGUUAUCCUUUGCGCCCGGUUACUAUGUUUUCGACAAUUAAUAACUGUGAGAAUAGCUUAUGAAAAAAUAUCGGCUACAACGGUACAUUGAUGCAUUUAGUUCGAUUGUAGAUCCGCAACGUUACUUUCUUAAAUAUGUAUGUGUUUCACUUCGCAUCAUGAACCAUUUACAAAGUGGCAGCUUCAUUCCUGCUGCUAUUGGUCUAACUGUUGGUGUUGUCAGUGCAGCUAGUAUAUUUAUUUAUCAUAAAAUUUUAGAAAAUCAAUACCAUUCAAAUUUGAAAGGUGCUGAGGCAAGAAUUGCUGAAUUGCAAGAAGAGUUAGAGUAUGUAAGACGCAGUCAACAAAAGAAGAAACAAAAAGUUUCACAGAAAUUUACAUCUAACGAUAGCACAUAUACUGCAACGGAUAAUGAAACUGACAUCGAUGUUUUUUCGACAGCAGACACAGACAUUGGAGCCGAUGAAUUUUAUGACUGUUCAGACAGCGAAAGUAUCGCUGCUGAAAAUGAUAUAAGGCUCUCGAAGGAACUGAACCAAUUGGAUUUAAUACUUAAGACGAUUGACAAGGAAGCAAGUGGAGAUUUCAACAUCCAGGCAUACUAUAAGUUACAAACACUGGUAAAAUCUCAUUAUGAUAAUGUAAAUGUAGUAUGGAGGUUUGCAAAAAUAUGCUAUAAAUAUGCAGAGGCUACAGACAAUUCUGACACGAGAAAGAAUAUAAUUCGUGAAGGAAUUGAACAAUGUGAGAAAGUUCUCUAUAUUCAAAAUGCUGAUUUGUACAAGUGGUAUGCUAUACUAGUAGGAUUAAAUGGUGAUUAUUUAUCGACAGCAGAGCAAAUAAAAAAUGGUGUCCAUUUUAAAAAUUAUGUAUUAAAGGCGUUAGAAAUGCAGCCAGAUGAUAAAGAAUUACAUUAUCUGCUUGGCAGAUUUAAAUUUGAAAUAGCAAGUUUAAAUUGGCUUAAGAAAAAGGUAGCGGCAACAUUAUUUUCCGAAAUUCCAAGUGCAUCAUAUGAUGAAGCGCUUGAUUGUUUCGAGACAGCAUCAAGACUUGGACAUAAUACUCCGCAAAUUAAAUUAUUUAUUAGCAAGUGUCACAUUGCUUUAAAGCAGUAUUCACGUGCAAUUAAUUAUCUUGAUAAUAUCUUGAAGGAACCUGCAUUGACAACGGCAGAUGAGAAUGUACAUGCUGAAGCAAAAAGACUUCUUGAUCAAUAUUCAGGAUAUCGUUCAUCGCAGGAUAUAUAUUUGUACAUCUGAGUCAUAUUCAAUACAUUUGAAAAAGUUAGAAUACUUAUAUGUAUAAUAUAUAUAUAUUAAAAAUAGAAAUAUAUUAUAUAAUAUAUAAUUAAUAUACUAUAUAUUUAUACAUAUAUUAUAAAUAAAAUUAAGCAUACAUAUAAAUACAAAAUUUGGCUCAUAGGUUAAUACAAACAGCUAUGUUAAAUAGUUUAUAACAAAUAAUUAUAUAAUAUGAAAUAUAUGUAAUAAACAAA